AUGAACGCUAUGAUUUGUCAACUCAUAGACCUACCGCCUUACACGGAGUCCGAAAACAAGAGUUUCGAACCGUGGCGGGACUACUUGAAGCUGGCUGACCUAGUGCGGGAGAUGAAGUUAGGAAACUUCACCAAAGAACCGUCAACCGUUGAGGGUCAUGACUCUGGCGUAUGCUCGACCAUGGUGGAAUUUGAAGAGUUUCGGCCGCGAGCCUUGCUGUCACCGAUAACACCUGUGGCGACACCACCCCUAUGGCACGAAAUGGAACCCCUGGAUUCAGAAAUCGACCUCUUGCACGAAGACGCUCCUUUAUGGCCGAGCAGCACCGAGGGUCCCGAGCCCCCUACAGCAGCGUCCAGAUCCCCCGCUGGCACCUGGGGCCAGAGUGGGAGAAACACACCGGAGGAGGUGCCAUCACCUGAGCGCAAGUUCUGCGGCUUCUGCAAAUACAACGGGGAGUCUGAGUCUGUGUAUGGGUCCCACAGCCUCAAGGACCAGGAUGGGAACAUGAUGUGCCCGUACCUGCGGCUGUAUGACUGCCCUCUCUGCGGGGCCACCGGGGCCCAAGCCGCCAACAGGCACCAUUGUCCCCUGGUCGAAACCACCUACAGCUCUGUCUAUGUCACGUCCAUUGGUGUUCGGGUCGUCUGA